AUCGUGAAUGGUCUGCAAUCACGGCAUUAGCAGUCUCAUAUUCAAGGAAAUUUCAUGCCCAGAGAAUGUUUCUAAUAUACCUCUGGAUCUCAAUUGCAUUUCUUGCCUAAUGUCUGUCAUUUUCGAUCAAUCUUUGGAGCAUAACAUCCGUCAACUAUAUGUAAACAAGUUUUUAAAAUUUCUUGAGACCUCCAAACUUCAUCAUGAGACUACAGUCUGCAGCCAAACGUCAGUCGAGAAAUCGAUAACUACUAUUUUAGAGAUGAAUUCUACAGAACUCCCUAGGAAGAAUCAAUGUAUUUUUACGGGUUUGCAAUGUUUGCUUCUUCUGGCUGGUCCUGAACUGAAGCUGAAGUUCCUGAGUUACGUGUACUAUCAGGUUAUUUCAAAUAUCGACAAGAGUCAGAAAUACACCUUUAACUUGAAGCUGUUUUGCAAUAUGUUGGACAAUUUCGCAGCUGUUCAUCCCGAUCUUUUAAAUGUAAUCAUGAAUUAUAUUUCUGUAUUAAUUAGUACCGUAUCAUCUUACCUGAACCCAUCAUCACUUGUCUACUUAAAUUCUCUCCUUAAGCAUCUUCCGAGAAAAUGUUUUGAAUCAGUAAAGAUGGUCUUUCAGAAAGUUGUGCAAUUGAUCCUUAGAAACAAGAGUAGGGACGUUGUGGAAUCCGGGCUAGAUUGUUUGCUCAAAUUGUCCAUCUGCAAUCGGAGCUUCGUUGAUGUGUGCAAAUACAGAGAGCUUCCAGUGGUUUUGCGUGCCCUUUUGAAUUCUCAUGAUGAUCAAAUUAAAGGAAUUACGCUUAAAUUUAUUGAACUCUUAGUUAAUAGCUUUAAUGGUGAUGCGACUAGAUUGAUUUGUACUUCUGGUGUUAUCGAACUCCUGUUUGAAAAUAUUUCAUUCAAAAACCCAUAUUUCAGCAACGUUUUGAAAUGCUUAGAAAUUAUAGGUCCAGAAGCAGAGUUGAUGUCUUCUAGUUUCCUACCUCAUGGAAUUAGUCAGAUUAUAAAGGCGAUUGAUUCGAGCCAUGAGCUUAAAACCAAACCUUUGUCAAGGCUCAUUAACAUCACAAAUAGUUUCAUAGUGUAUUAUAAUGGUGCAUUAGACCUUUUUAUAUGUCCAUCAAACUUAGGACAGUUUCUGAAGGUCAUUUCAGACAUUGUGGAAGACUGCACACCAGAAAUUUGGUUUUUAGGAAUAAUUUGCGUCAUUAAUAUUUUCAAGUUUGAAAGGCAAACAGGAAUUAUGCCGUUUAAGGAGCUCAACAAAUUUCUAGAAUCUGUUGAACACGUUUCACGUAAACAAAUGUGUAAUUUGAGGCAUGUUCUCAAACAACCGAAUGAAAAUUUAGUCACACAGUCAAAUAGAAAAACAGAAGAAAAGUUUGUGUAUAUUUUACUGCCAACUUUGCUGAGUUUGUUACAGGAAAUACAUGCCUUCUUGUAUAAGAACAAAAAAAUCGAGGUAAAAGUAUCUGAAUUCAUUAUCGAAACUGAAUAUACUCUCACGUAUAUAUUUUUUUCUGUAGUAAUGAAUUUAGUUUUUCAACUGAUAGCAAAAAAUGUUACUGUUGAGGACUUACUAUCUGUGCUGAAAAUAACAACGCUGUACGCUUACGGAAUAUGCUCGGACAUUGUAGUGAACGAGAUUAUCAAUAUAUGUGGAGGAGUAUCCGAGCAGUUUCAGAAUUUCAAAAAAUUUAUUUCGAGUGUUUUGAGGAGCAAAAUUUACGAAAGCUUCACAUUACUUCUGCCACUUUUCUACAAGAUUUGCUUUUUGACUAAUACUCAGGACUCUAAAACAGCAGUAUUUUCAUCUGGCUCCUAUGCAUUAAAAAAUGAAAAGCAGGAGAUCAGUGCCGGCUUUUAUUCCACAAGUUUCUCAAGAGAAGUUUUGCUAAGUAUGAUAACAAUCAACUGCAGUGUGUUCAGCGAUUUAAACAUUCUACGUCUAUCAGGUGGUAAACAUUUAACUGAUGUACUAAAGAAGGAUGAGUUAAAAUUAUGGAUUUCUACUUUAAUUCGUGGGUUUAAACAUUUUAGAAGUGUGGAUUUCGAGUAUCUUGAAAAAUACAUGGAAUUGAGUAUCCGAGGAUAUGAAUUUAUUGAUAUCUCUGCUUCGGCGAUUUCUGUUAUCUGCGUUCUAUUUAACAGUAACAUUAAACAUACUACAUUACAGAAAUCCUUUUUGGUUGGACCUAAAAGUUCGUUUAGGUAUCGUGUUAUUCUGCCAAGCCAAACUAUAAAGCAAAUAAUUCAGUUUCCUACCAAAGUAGGAGUAAACUUCUUUCUUUUGGUUUCGGUUCUAAUCACUAUAGAAUUUCUCAUCACAUAUACGUGUUUGCCGAAAUUCUGGAAUUUUAGUGAUAACUCUUCAGUCGUUGGUGAAUAUAAUAAAGGUUUAGAUAUAUUGUCUUUAGCGCUAUUUGAUCGUCUGCAACCUGUACAUACUCUGGUUCUUUUGCACACUCCGCGAUUUUCUACUUAUUUACAAAACUGCAGUCCCUGUUGGAUCAAAAUAGCCCAAAAAAUUAUACUACAGUGUCACAGUGAUGAACUACUGAUUGAGAAACAAGUAUUUUCACUGCUUCCCACAACUUACUUCUUAUUAUCCAAUACUUGGACUGUAUGGUAUAACAAUCUGCUGAAAUUCGACAAUCUGGAUAUCCUUCAGCGUUUAGUGUUAACGUUCGAAAAACAAACACUCAGCUUAAAGGAAAAGGAUGAAUCGGAAGGAACAAGUCAUUCUUCAGUUCAAAGAAAACAGUUCGCUCUUUAUAUUUGCGACUGUCUCUCAGAACUUCCAAAUAACCUUCCAGGAUCUUUCUCAGAUGUCUUCGCUUCUAACUAUGAGCUGAAACACGUGUAUGUGAAAAUGUUAAAAAUAACAUGUAUGUUUCUACACGAAGUCUUCUUUCAUUCUGAGUUUGUAGUCAUGGUGGCGCAACAAAUUAUUAAACUUUUAGCAAAUGAACAGCUUGAUCCUAAUUCUUCACUACGGAAUGAUCUCCUUGAAAUUAUUUUACACCUAUUAAUGAAUUCUGACAAUAAUACACAAGUACAAAUUGUAAAACUGCUGUGUUCAGAAAUCAAAACCUGGGGAAGCUGUAUUUUCCGCUUUUCAGAAGAGACGUUCAAAAAUUCUACAGCUAAUCCUUUAAAAAUACAUACUGAAGAAUUUUUAAUCACGGCCGCAGAAUUGGACUCCAUUAUAGGGAUUGGUGCCUUGGUGAAUAUUUGUACAAAAUAUUUGCCAGUCAACCAUGAUAUUGUAGAUUCUGUUAGUAGCUUGUUAUUCAUGAAGCCAGAAACAAUCCUAGCAGUUUUGAGUCAUAAUCCAGUAACAAGUGGAUCGCCUUUUAUUGAAAUCAGUGCACUUAUUUGUCUUUUGGAAUCAUUUUACGGACCGCUGUCUCAUCUCCUAUGGUCAGAUAUAGCUGAAAAUUCGAACGAAAACUAUUAUUGUGAACUUCUCAUGUGCUUGAAUACUAUGAUCAUGAACUCAACCCACAAAUUUACUCAAGAAUUGUCGAUUGAAGUAUAUGGUUGUCUUCUGAGAUAUAUUUGUUUAUAUACCAAAAAACAAUCAUUUGUCAAUAUGUUCUUAUUGACCAGUCCAUGGAGUAGUAUUAUUCUCGAACAGUUAAAAGUAGACGGUUCAAUGAAUAGUUUUGGAAAGUUUUCAUCAUCUUUUCUUGCUUUUGUCAAUGUGCUACUAUCGACGAAAUGUCCUGCAAUUUGUUCGGUUCUCAAUAAAAAUCAGCUACGGAAAUUACUACUAGCUUAUAUACAUGAUAAGGAUUUGUAUGAUCCAGUUAUCAAGACUUAUUUAGGAAGUAUAUCUCUAAAGAUUGCUUCCGAAGAAUUUGAAAUUCUAGAUUCCAGGGAGCGCUUAUGUUUAGAAGCUAUGGUUGCAUCAGAUAAUUCACAACCUACUGUUAAUAUCGCUCAUCGUUUUUAUUUGUUUUAUAAAGAAAUAUUUUGUUUAUGA